GGGCGCUCCCCGGCUGCGGGAGGCUCCCGGCAGCGCCCCCGUGCGGCUGGCGGGGCUCCCUGCGGGCCGCUGUGCGCUGCGGGCCGGGCAGAGCGGCGGGGCCGGCGGCGCUGCCAUGAAGCCGGCGGGGAGCCGCGGCGGGGCGAGCGGCUCGGCCGCGCACCGGGGCUCGCCCGUAGGGGCUCGGCCGCUGUAGGAGGAGCGGCGACACCUCGGGGAGACACCCGCCGCUGCCCCUUCUCCCCCCCUUCCCCCGGGCCUCCUCCUCCUCCGUCGGAGGAUGGCGGCAGCGGCCGCCCCGACGCAGCUGGAAGCCGAGCUCUACUACCUGAUCGCCAGGUUCCUGCAGUCGGGGCCCUGCAAGAAAUCCGCCCAGGUGCUGGUGGAGGAGCUGGAGGAGCACCAGCUGAUCCCCCGGCGCCUGGACUGGCAGGGCAAGGAGCACCGGCGGAGCUUCGAGGACCUGGUGGCUGUCAAUGCACACAUCCCUCCGGAUUAUCUUCUUCGGAUCUGCGAGAGGCUGGGACCGCUCUUAGACAAGGAAAUCCCUCAGAGUGUCCUAGGUGUGCAGACCUUGCUAGGCGUUGGGCGGCAGUCUCUGUUACGGGCAGCAAAAGACUUCAGACACACGCUAUGGAAAGGAUCUGCAUUUGCAGCUCUCCACAGAGGCCGGCCUCCCGAACUACCUGUAAAUUAUGGGAAACCACCAAACGUGGUAAAUAUAAUUUCUGCCAGGCAAUUAACUGGAUGUGGACGCUUCAGCCACUUGUUCCCAACAUCCACCUACCAACAGAUGAAGAUGCACAAGAGGAUUUUGGGGCAUCUAUCAUCUGUUUACUGCAUAGCCUUUGAUCGCAGUGGGAGAAGGAUUUUUACAGGGUCAGAUGAUUGCUUGGUCAAAAUCUGGGCUACAGACGAUGGGCGCCUGCUCUCAACGUUGCGAGGACACUCGGCUGAAAUUUCUGACAUGGCUGUUAACUACGAAAACACGCUGCUUGCUGCAGGCAGUUGUGAUAAAAUUGUCAGAGUAUGGUGUCUUCGAACCUGUGCCCCGGUCGCAGUGCUGCAGGGCCAUUCAGCUUCCAUUACUUCCAUACAGUUCUCUCCAGCAAGAAAAGGCACAACACGAUACCUCACUUCUACUGGUGCUGACGGAACAAUCUGUUUCUGGCAGUGGCAUGCUAACACCAUGAAGUUUAAGGAUCGCCCUGUAAAAUUUGCAGAGAGGUCCAGGCCUGGUGUUCAGAUCUCUUGUUCUUCUUUCAGUUCAGGUGGCAUGUUCAUUGCAACAGGUAGUACUGACCACGUGAUAAGAAUUUAUUAUUUGGGCUCGGAAUCUCCAGAGAAAAUGGCCGAGUUAGAAUCUCACACGGACAAAGUAGUUGCAGUCCAGUUCUGUAACAAUGGCGACAGCUUAAGAUUUGUCAGUGGAAGCAGAGAUGGAACAGCAAGAAUCUGGCAUUACCAUCAGCAAGAAUGGAAGAGUAUAGUCCUGGAUAUGGCUACUAAAAUGACAGGAAACAAUGUAGCAUCUGGGGAGGACAAGGUGACUAAGCUGAAGGUUACUAUGGUGGCUUGGGAUAGAUAUGAUGCCACUGUCAUCACUGCAGUCAACAAUUUCCUUCUCAAAGUGUGGAACUCAUCCACAGGGCAGCUUCUUCAUAGCUUAUCUGGUCACGAUGAUGAAGUUUUUGUUCUGGAGGCUCAUCCGUUCGACCAAAGGAUCGUCCUUUCUGCAGGCCAUGAUGGAAAUAUUUUUGUUUGGGAUAUAGACAAAGGAACAAAAAUUCGCAAUUACUUUAACAUGAUUGAGGGCCAAGGCCAUGGAGCUGUUUUUGAUUGCAAGUUUUCACCAGAUGGACAGCAUUUUGCCUGCACAGACUCUCAUGGACAUCUGCUACUAUUUGGUUUUGGAUGCAGUAAAUAUUAUGAAAAGAUUCCAGAUCAGAUGUUCUUCCAUACAGACUACCGACCACUGAUCCGUGAUGCAAAUAACUAUGUGUUGGAUGAACAGACUCAACAGGCUCCACAUCUUAUGCCUCCCCCAUUUCUGGUGGAUGUUGAUGGAAAUCCUCAUCCCACGAGAUUCCAGCGGCUGGUACCGGGGAGAGAAAAUUGCAAGGAUGAACAACUUAUUCCUCAGCUGGGAUAUGUAGCUAAUGGUGAUGGUGAAGUAGUUGAACAAGUCAUUGGGCAGCAAACUAAUGACCAAGAUGAGAGUAUCCUUGAUGGCAUGAUCAGAGAGCUGCAAAGGGAACAAGAUCUAAGACUAAUUAAUGAAGGAGAAACUCUUCCAAACCCUCCACUUAAUAGAUCCCACUCUGUUAAUGGAGCUCUUCGAAGUCCAAGCUUGGAGAUUGCAUCUCCACCGAAUGUUGGUCUCCGGAGAAGUGGUCAGAUUGAAGGGGUCCGGCAAAUGCACCACAACGCUCCCCGGAGUCAAAUGGCAACAGAGAGAGAUCUCAUGGCGUGGAGCAGAAGAGUAGUGGUGAAUGAGCUUCCCCCAGGCAUCAGCAAGGUGCAGGAAGAAUGUAGAGCUGCCAAAGGUGAAAUCGAAAUUGGUUUAUACAGUGUUGAAAAGAAGAGAAAGCCAUCCCACACCUUACAACGGAAUGAUUACCAGCCGGGAAGUGGAAGGUCUUUGAGAAGAAACCAACGCAAACGCCAGCACGCCUACCAAACACGCUCCACGAUAGAACACAGUCAGCAAGGAGCGAGUCAAAACGCACGUGCACGGGAAGAAUCAGACAGCUCCUCAGAGGAAGAUGAGACAGUUGGCACAAGUGAUGCAUCUGUGGAUGAUCCUGUGGCAGCGUGGCAAAGUGAAAGCAGUUCCAGUGAUUCAUCAAGUGAAUAUUCAGACUGGACAGCAGAUGCUGGAAUUAAUCUCCAACCUCCAAAGAGACAAACCAGGCAGGCAGCUCGGAAAAUCUGUAGUAGUUCUGAAGAUGAAAAUAUGAAGGGAACAAAAGGAGUGGAGCAAAAACGAAGGAAACUUAAGCAGCCUAGAAAAAAGAAACCAAGUGGGCUGCUUUCGAUGGAAGGUGAACCCAGUGAAGAAUGGCUUGCCCCCCAGUGGAUCUUGGAUACUAUACCCCGCCGCUCACCUUUUGUCCCACAAAUGGGAGAUGAGAUCAUAUAUUUUAGGCAAGGCCAUGAAGCUUAUGUACGGGCAGUAAGGAAAGCAAAAAUUUACAGUAUUAACAUGCAAAAACAACCAUGGAACAAAAUGGAACUCAGGGAACAAGAAUUUGUAAAGACUGUAGGAAUCAAAUACGAAGUUGGGCCUCCUACACUCUGUUGCUUGAAGCUUGCAUUCCUAGAUCCGAUCACAGGCAAAAUGACAGGAGAGUCAUUUUCCAUAAAGUACCACGAUAUGCCAGAUGUUAUUGACUUCCUUGUGCUGCAUCAGUUUUAUAAUGAAGCCAAAGAAAGGAACUGGCAAAUAGGGGAUAGAUUUCGCAGUAUAAUAGAUGAUGCUUGGUGGUUUGGAACUGUGGAGAGUCAGCAGCCUUUCCAGGCAGAAUAUCCUGAUAGUUCCUUCCAGUGCUACAGUGUUCACUGGGACAACAACGAAAGAGAGAGGAUGAGCCCAUGGGACAUGGAGCCAAUUCCAGAAGGAACUGCUUAUCCAGAGGAGGUUGGUGCUGGAGUCCCUGUGACUCCAGAUGAGCUGACAGCUCUUCUCUACAAACCCCAGGAAGGAGAAUGGGGGGCCCAUUCCAGAGAUGAAGAAUGUGAACGAGUAAUUCGGGGGAUUGAGCAACUUCUUUCCCUUGACAUUUCUAAUCCCUUUGCUGUUCCAGUGGACCUUAGUGCCUAUCCCAUGUAUUGCACUGUAGUUGCUUAUCCAACGGACCUCACCACAAUCAGGAGGAGACUUGAAAACAGGUUUUAUAGGAGAAUCUCUGCACUGAUGUGGGAGGUACGCUACAUUGAACAUAAUGCCAGGACUUUCAACGAGCCAGACAGUCCUAUAGUCAAAGCAGCCAAAAUCGUAACAGAUGUCUUACUCCGCUUCAUUGGGGAUCAGAGUUGUACGGAUAUAUUAGAAAUAUAUAAUAAGGUGAAAGCAGAGGACCUGAGCAGUACUGAUGAAGAGGAGGAGGUGGCAGAAGUAGAUGUAGAUUCAGAUGCUCCAGGAACUUCCUCUGGGAAAAGACGAGUAAGGCGAAGAAUAAAAAGACAGCCCAUGAAAGCAAGUCCUGAUGCUUGGAAAGAGCAAUGCAAACAGUUGUUAAACUUGAUUUAUGAAAGAGAGGACUCUGAGCCAUUUAGACAGCCGGUUGAUCUGUUCUCCUAUCCUGAUUAUCGAGAUAUUGUUGACACUCCUAUGGAUUUCAGCACUGUGAAAGAAACCUUGGAAGCAGGAAACUACACUAGUCCGUUGGAAUUUUACAAAGAUAUUCGCUUAAUAUUCUGCAACUCUAAAGCUUACACUCCUAAUAAAAAGUCUCGAAUAUACAGCAUGACACUUCGACUAUCUGCCUUAUUUGAAAAUCAUAUGAAAAAUAUCAUCUCUGAGUACAAGUCAGCAAUGCAAUGUCAGAAGAGGAAAAGGCCACGGUAUCGAAAACGGCUAAGAAGCAGUAGCAGUUCCCCAUCAACUAGCAGAGCAUCUAGUCCAAAAGGGAAACAGAAGCAAAUGAAGAUUCAACCUAAAACCAACCAGAAUACCUCACUGCCUUUGACUAGGACUAGCUCUUCAGUUUCAUCUCACGUUUCAGAUACCACAGAGGAACCUUUGGGUUCAGCCACUGGUGAAGAGUUGGAAGGUCAGCCGUCUUCCUCGGGCUCAAAUGCACAGAACCGAAGUGGAAAUACCAUCGAUCCAGGGAAAAGUAGACCGAUCAGAAGUAAACUGACACCAGUGAAACAAGAUCACUCUCCUGAUGGACCACUUACAAAUGGUGAUGGCAGAGAACCUCGGACAGGAGUCAAGAGGAAGCUAGUAAGUGCAUCAGAAGAUGAGCAUCUGGAGGAGGCAGAGGAAGAGGAAAAGAAGAAAAGAGACUUAAAGGAGAAGUCUGGUUUAUCUUCAUCAGAAAGUGGGGAAUCAGCAUCCAGUUCAAGUUCUGAAAGCAGAAGUGGCUCUGAUUCAGACUCUGAAUCAACAUCUAGAACAGAUCAGGAUUACAUUGAUGGAGACCAUGACUACAGCAAAGUUGUGCAAUCCAAAAAACCCAAGAGAAAAAUCAAAAGAAAAGUCACCAGUGGGAAGAGGAAUUGGCAGGGCAGAGGGACAGGGAGGAGGGGUAGGUGGGGGAGGUGGGGCAGAUGGAGUAGAGGGGGAAGAGGUGGAAGAGGUGGACGAGGUUGUGGCAGAGGAAGAGGUGGUGGCAGGGGAGGAAGAAGAGGCCGGGGAGGCAGAGGAGCCUCGCGAGGAGCCACCAGAGCGAAACGUGCCCGAAUUACAGAUGAUGAAUUUGAAAAUCUGUUUGGAGGACAAUUUGGUGAGAACGUCUUUGGAGGCCGAUUCAGUAGGCCGCCUCGAAUCAAAACAAGGAACGAGGGCAGGAGGACUGUCCUGUAUAACGACGAUUCUGAUAAUGACAAUUUUGUGCACACCGAGGAUCCUUUGAACCUUGGUACUUCCAGGUCAGGCAGGGUGCGGAAAAUGACAGAAAAAGCCAGGGUCAGCCAUCUCAUGGGAUGGAAUUAUUGACAGAUGAAAAACUUUGGAACAAUUUUAAAAGAACUUCAAUGGCCUUCUACUGCAGGGAUUUUACCAGAAAAUCUACCAAGCAAGUUGUGCGGGGACUCCACUCAUGUCUCACAGUGGUGCUUUUCCAUUAUGUCAAUUUGCGUUUGUUUUCAAACUUCAGAUCGCCACACUUCAUUGGUCAAAAGAAGCCUUAUUCAUUAGGCCUUAAAUUGCAGAAAUUCUUCCCCACACACUACGAGUUCAUCGCAUUAAAGAGGCUUCCAGCUUCUCAAUAAGAACAUGAUAUUUUAAAUCAUGAUUAUGACUUCUCUCCCUUGUUUUGUUUUUGUAUUAUAGAAAUAGCACCUUCUUACAGAGUUUUUAUGUGGUUUCUGCCAUAAAUCCUUAUACACAGUAAUAAUUAUAACUUUUGCACAAUACACCAAUCCUAAAGGCAGCUAUAAAAUGUUUACAGUUUCUAUAUUGUAAGAAGGAUCUGGAUUAUUUUAAUCUUCCCAGGCCAAACAGUCAUGAAUUGUGCUGAACUGAAGUAUGUCUAUACUACAGUUACGGGGGUCCUGAUGUGCUUUCUAUCGGUUCUUUAUUCGUGUAAAAAGUGACAAAGGGUUGGUGCCUUGUAAAUAUGUAGCAAACCUUUGAUGUGGUGUGUCCUAUGUGUGCAUUAACUUUAUUAAAAAGAGAAUACUUGAGAAGUAUGAAUAUCUAGACAAAAGGUGCCAAAUGCAAAAGUUACUUGCAUCUAUUUUCUUUUUGUCCUCUCAUAUUUUUAUAGUAUUAAUAGAGAUUGUGCAGCUAAGGGGUAACUUCAACAUUUGAAAGGUUCCUCCUCUUCAAAGCAUAACGUGAUUUUUAAUAGUAGCUUGGCUACCUCUAUUUACAACUACUGGAAACUUAAAAGAAAAUAGAUGCUAUUAGUCAGUAUGUGUUGAAGAAGAGGCAAGCAGGAGCGCAGAGGGAUGGAAUUGCUCGCUGAGUUGUACAGUAACUAUAUCUCCAUUAUAUCGACACGAUGAAAACGAAUCCAAGUAACGAUCAGUUUUCAGAAGCAUGAUGUUUUCAGCAGGUGGUAGUUUGUGCAGGUAGGCCAACUGGCUCCCACACGGUUUUGCUGCGACUUAACUCGGUGCAAAUCUGUGGUGGUUUUAAUUUGUCCCCUGGAGCUGAGGGGGAAGCUGAACUGAGCUCUGGUGGCUAGCAGUCCUGGUAGCUUUCUGUUCUCGUCCUCCAGACAGACUCUUGUGUCUCAAGCUUCCAGAAGAGAAUUCGUGUUGCACUGUACUUGUUAUACUGAAAACUGCAAACUUGAAAACAGAACUCAUUUGGGUAGGAAUAGUACAGUUUGUGACAACGCGAGGGAAGUCGGUAGUGUCUUUCCCCAGCGAAAGGCAGCGGUGUCAGUGAGCAGGACCAGGGGAUUUGUCGUGGGGUGAGCUGGAGCUGGGCAGCCUCUUUGCUGAGUAGGGUCUGGUUGAAAUAUAUAUGGGACUUCAGUUGUCUCCUGUUGCUGAAAAGAAUCUGACAGUUCCAGCUUGGUUAAGAGAGUACAUUGGUUUACAGAGAGAACAAAUGAAAAAAAAAAAAAAAGAGGUUAGAAAUUUUUAGUGGAGUUUUUCAAGAUUUCUUUCUUUAAAAAAUUUUCAUCCAGUAUCCUUAAGUUCAUCUGUGCACGGCUUGGUCAAUAAUUCUGGAAAACCUCAGGCAGCAAAGAGUGACCCAUGUAUAUUCUCAGAUGCAGAAGGAAUUUAAUUUUUGACUUUCUAUAUUAAGCACUAGCUAUUUUAUCUCGCUUUCCAAAAAUUCUACUUAGAUGCAAAAUGACUUGAAAAAAAUGCAAAGGUUUAGUUUUGUGAUGGAGGAGAGUAUAUCCUAAAUUGCUCAGAGCAUUAAUAUGAGUUUAUGGUACAGUAGAAAAAUCACACUUUUUUAAUAACUGUUUUGAAUCAGCCAUAAUCCAUUUCUGGACUUAAUUCAGUUGUGUUUUGAUGGGAAUAUAGUGCAGAGGCUCUCCUAGUUCUGUAUUGGGCUUUAAAAUAUAAACACCCGUCCUAUCAUCUCUCUCUCAUAUAUAUAUAAUAUAUAUAUAUACAUACAUAUAUAUUUAUAAAAAAAAAAAAAGUGUUAUUUCUUUGAUUGGUCCUCCUACAUACGGUAACCAGGAAUAGCAUGUAUGCAUCAGCUCAUAGUCAGAAUCAUACCCAUUUUAGAUCAGUCCUGUUGAGCUAACGUAAACACUAUGGUUUCUGUUCUAAAGCCUGAAAAGCUUGAAAUGCAAAAGAAAUGCUUUUCUUAUAUUUCUGACUGGCCGAAGAUCCACUUCCUUAUUUAUUUUGUGUAAGGGUCGGGGGGAGGUAAACACGUGGAUUCCAGAGAAAUCCUUUUAUAAGUUGUGUAUUUUAGCAACGAUUAGAAUAAUAUUAAAUAUGUUCUCAAAUGUAUCUUUUCUAUGUAAUGAAGUACUGUGAAGAUAACAGUGAAGCAUCACUUUACUGUGGCGUAAGUAUUAAUCAUACGUGUUACAUGAUUACGAGCUAGACAGCAGGGUGUGCUAGAACAACAGAACUAUUGCUUAUUGUAAAAGAAAAUGUGUAUUUUUUUAUUUUUUUUUUGGUGCAUGAGAACCUUUUUAUAAGCAUGAAACAAUAACUUGUUUUUAGCUGCGUUCUUUCCGCUUGGUUUGGUAUCUGGGUUCUUCCCCUGAGUUGGGCAGUUGGUUUCUCGUGGCCUCGUUCCGCGGCAGAACGGUAACUGUAGGAAUUCGGGCGCUUUCUCUCAAACCCCAAAUCCUACUAGGAGCUGCUUACGGUUGCAGAAAGCCUGAUCCCAACCCAGCAGGUGCAUCGGGAACAGUAAUUCGAUGGAAGCCGGGCACUGGCACUGUCCCCGGCCCCACACGCGCUCAGGGCCGCGGCCUCUCCUGCCCACAGCUCUGCUCUCUCUGUAGCACUCCCAUUUCUCCUGGACCAGGGCAUCCCUGACCAAGCUCGUUUUGCGGUUCCACUGUGCCAUGGCAUCGUUUCGGCCCCCACUUGGCCCACCUUUAGCUUUCUGUCAUGCUUUGUUUUCCUGUUCGCCUGUUGGUGCCCCUUGUCUCCAGCCUCCCGUUCCCGCCCCGCAGGUUACCUGUGGGGCUCUGGGUGUUUUCUGACACCCUGAUGAACGUUGUUUCAGCCAGACUCUUAGGGUGUAAGGCUUAAUUCGUUGCCUGUUGUUUGUCAAGGAGCUGAACUGUCCCGUGACUUGCCACUUUUUGUAUGUCUGCCUUACCUUGGCCGCCCCUCGCCCCGAUGGGGCACUGUGCCCACCAUGCUGUGUCUACUGAAUUAUUACUCUUUUUUUUCCCUUGCUGUAUGAUUUUAAUGUCAAAUCUGUGAAAUUGUGGGCUUCCUGCCUUGCAGGGUAUCUCUGUUGGAAGUGCCCAUGGAGCUUCUUUGUUGGUGCUGGAGCUGGGGCUGUGCGGUUUUAUCGCUCCUUUUGUCCUUGUUUCCUUCAAGCCGUGUUGUAGCUGUUGUGUGUGUGUGCUCUGCCUUCCCGGUGCCACAUUCCUCUUCCCUCUCAUCUCUCCUUUUUUGGUAGCCCACCCGUGCUCCUCUUGGAAGCUCCCCAGGGCAGCGGUGGCCUCAGGGGCAGCUUCUCCAGGUUCUCCACGUCCCCAGCGCUUCGGAAGCUGUCCUCUUUUCCUAGCUUUUCUAUCUCAUCCCAAGUAGAAAUGCCUUGUUUGCUUUCAAACUUCAUUCCUUAACUGCAGAUCACAAAUUGGAUAAAGAGAGAGCCUGGUGGGCUUGCUUAAUGUAGCAUCGAAAAUCUUGGGUUGCUCCUCCCAGUUACAGGAGCUGGCAUAGGCGUAAGCAGAGGCCACCCCCAUCAACUCCCCCCUGCAGGUGAACGAGCUAAACAGAAUCAUUAACAAAUAAUAACUUUGGGAAUGAUUUUUGGUUGCCUAAAAUCUUGUGUCCUUUGCGUACUUUAAUUCUCCCUGACCGUGUUCUUAAAUGCACACCUCAGGUGCUUCUGCGUGCGGGCUGCCGGGUUCAGAGCACUGAAAAGAGCCGACAUUGGGCGCGUAGUAAAAAUUGUUCUGGAGUAAUUUAUAAAAUAUGGAAAAAGAAACUAAAAUGUGUUGCUUUUGUCAGUGUUGGAGGCUCUGCUGACCUCAGAAAGCAAGAUAACCUUGGCAGGCAUGUAAGGUACUGCUCCUGGAUGGCUCUGAGUGUCUCUGACAACUUCAAAAUCACACAGUACUAACCCGAGAAAAUAAGUUUAAAUCUCUAAUUCCUGAUAAGGACCCAAGAUUGCUGUUCCCUCUUUAACCUGGGUGGUCAAGGACAGGGAAAACCAAAUUGCUGCAGGCGUAGGGAUGUCUUGUCAGCCCUGACUGGGGCGUCCUGCUACCGCUGGUCUGUGUCAUCCAUUCGGUGUUCUAGAAAUGUGUUUGUGCGUUUACAUUUCUUGAUUUAUUUUUUAUUUUUUAAAUCAUCGUGCAAAGUUUUAUAAAAAGCUAAUUAUUUACACGAUAGACUGAAGGAGCAGUUAACAAUCCAAGGCUAAAUCUCUAUUUAGUAUCGUAGGGAGCUGUCAUUGUGUUCUUACAAGUAUGUAUUAUAGAAAAUUACUGCGCAUGUGCGAUAGAUAAUUUUCAAUAUUAGUAUAUCAGAGGUUUACACAUUUGAAAAAAAAAAAAAAAAAGACAAAAAAAACUCCUUUAUGUACAGUAAGUAACAGCCUGCAAAACUUAGUCUGAAAGUUGUCUUUUUUAGUAUUAGAAAUGCAAAGACCUGUUGGAAGCUUGUACAUUUUUACUGUGUCAUGUUCAGCCCACAGCAAGCGUACACAACUGUGCUCUGAAUCCCUGAAAACGUUCCGGUGGAAUUGCUGUCACAGCCUUAACUCUAGUGUUAUAAAAAUGGUGCUUAAAUACAUUUACGUGCGUGGAUGUGGGUACCUGACCAGGCUUUGUGAGAAUUUCAAGUCAAACGAAGCUGCGCUUGCGAGUUAACGCUCCUGGCUAAGAACGGCGGCCACGUGUUAGCCAAUUUCCAGCCUGUGGCUGGCCGGCAAGUGGUUCAGCUCGUGGGCAACCAAGAGCAGGUUGGCUUCUUGGUGUGCUUUUGGACCUGGCCGCCCUGCCGGCUGCGGGGUCUGGCGGCCGGGGGGCUCGGGCUUCCUCGCCCCGCUGGGAAACCCAAAGGCGCCGACCCUCUUCUUCAGACGGCCUCCUGAGAGCGGGGGCUGCUCAAAUCCACCCCGAGCCCCCGGGCUGGUUUUGUGUUCUCCUCCGUAGCGAUACCGACAUAGAGCUCUUCAUUCCUCCCCGAGUCCUUAGAGCAGACGUCACUUAGAAAUAGCACUUGGUGUUGGAGCAGCGACAUUCACGUGAUUUAGGCUCUACAGUUCAUGCUCUGGAUGAUUUAAAAUACUCCAAAAAUGCACAAAGCUAUUAGAAUUAUGUACUUUAUUGAUUUUUAUUUUUUUUUUCAGGUGAUAUUUAUGCCCAUAUCUUCACAUCCGCUAUCUCAGGUCCCUUUAAAUGAAUACUUCAGGGAUUUUGAUGCCACUCGUUGGCAGACCAAAUGUAAUAUUUAUAUGCAAUGAGCUGUUAGUUUUUGUAUUGUACAAAUGUAAAUUUGUAAAGAUUUUUUUCUAGAGUUUUUUUGAAGUCACUUAUGUAAUCUAGGAUGUUUCAUUUUCCAGCUGUGGGAUUGUCUUAAUAAAAAAGAUAAACUCUU